AUGGCUAGCCUUUUUUCUUCGACUUUGCCGCAGCCUCGCCAAUUCGCAUCUAAACGAGAGAAAUCAUUGAGAAACCCAGAGUUCUUCGAGCUCUUGUUCAGAGAGAGAGAGAGCGAUGGUGAGAAGAUGCAGAUGCUACCAUGUAAAAAUUGCAUCGCGCAUUUGCUACAUGACUUGUUUAAACAAGACGAUGCCUGCCAUGUAAAGGGCUACAAUAUGCUCGUAGGUGAACUAUUUGUGUUAAUUCACGUAAUGCAUGUUACAAAGAAGUAUGGCUAUUUUGGAGAAGUUAGAUAUCAAAGAUGA